CGGUGGGCAUGAGUUAGCGAGAUCGAGAAAACAGGCUACAUAACUAGGGCCUAGAAAAUCCGAGAACCGUUUGCAUUUAUCAGUAUUAAAACUUACCUAGAAAUCCCAGAAACAUGGCGACCCCAAAGGCAGAAAUUAGUAAAGUCGUUGUUCAUCCAUUAGUCCUUUUAAGUGUUGUAGACCAUUUUAACCGAAUGGGUAAGGUAGGAAACCAAAGGAGAGUUGUCGGUGCAUUGCUCGGCUCGAAUAGAGGUGGUGUGCUAGAUGUAGCAAAUAGUUUUGCAGUACCUUUUGAUGAAGACGACAAGGAUUCUUCGGUUUGGUUCAUUGAUCACGACUACUUGGAAUCUAUGUAUGCAAUGUUUAAGAAGGUUAAUGCCCGUGAAAAGAUAGUUGGAUGGUAUCACACAGGACCGAAGCUACACCAGAAUGACAUUGCAAUUAAUGAGGUCAUACGUAAAUACUGUCCCAACUCGGUCCUCGUCAUUAUUGAUGCUCGUCCGAAGGACAUUGGCCUUCCAACAGAAGCGUAUUACUCAGUGGAGGAAGUGCAUGAUGAUGGUACACCGACGUCUAAAACAUUUGAGCAUCUACCUAGUGAGAUUGGUGCUGAAGAGGCAGAAGAAGUUGGUGUAGAACAUUUACUCAGGGAUAUUAAAGAUACUAGAGUUGGAACAUUAUCACAACGGAUUACUGGCCAGUUGAUGGGAUUAAAGGGAUUGAACUCUCAAAUUCAGGGUAUUGAAUCAUACCUGGAUAAAGUAACAGCUGGCAAAUUGCCAAUUAAUCACACAAUUAUUUAUCAACUACAGGACAUUUUCAAUCUGCUUCCAGACACCAAUCUAUCUGAGUUUGUUAAGUCAUUCCUUGUUAAAACAAACGACCAGAUGCUCGUCGUCUACUUGGCAUCUUUAAUCCGAUGCAUAAUCGCACUUCAUAAUCUAAUCAAUAAUAAAGUGCAGAAUCGGGAUGCCGAAAAGCAGGAAGGCAAGAAGGAUAAAGAUAAGAAAAAAGACGGAGAAAAGAAAGAUGGGGAGAAAAAAGAAGGCGAUAAAGAAAAGGGAAAAGAUGGCGAUAAGAGCAAAAAGGAUGGUGACAGUAAAACCACAGAUAGUAAGUCAUCAAAAGACAAAAAGGAUACUAAGAAAUGAGGAAGUUUCUUUAUGUCACCCUUGUCUGUCGAUGUAUUACCAUCGAAUGGAACUAUGUGAAUAUAUUAUUUCCUAUCAUUUCAUACAAAUAUGAUGUGACGUGAAAUAUUCAGUAUAUAUAAUUCUGAGCUAGCAGAAAAGAUAAAAAAUAAUAGUUGGUACAUUAUUUACAGUAGAUGGAUUUGAGUGGCGGUAGGCCUACAAUGGUAUUAUUUUAAGUACAUCCAUGUUUAUACUGUAUUUCGGAACAAGUACCCAUGUUCAUAUUUUUAAUAUGGAUAGGGGAUAUAUUGUUACUUGGUACCUAACCAAUAGUUAUGCAGCUAGCUACAGCCUUGUCUUAAAGACAAGGAAUGUAUAUAUAAUUAUAUUGCAACUCACAAUCCCAAGAGAGUUUUGAAAGUGUAAUUUUCUAUUUAAAAUUCAGGACUUUAAUUUUUUUUUUAAUUACUGAAAACUGUUCAAUUACAGCGAAAAGAAAAAACUUGAAAAUUCAUGUGCAAGUAAUAAAUUACAAGUUGGAACAAAGUUGAUCAUAAUUGUUCUACCAACAGUUAGCCAAGGAAGCCUUUCAUUAAUACUAGGUCCUUAAAAAUAAUACAAAAAUGUACAAAACAAGUUUUACUUAGGACAGUAUAUCUUUAAUGACGAUACAGUUGGAUGUCCAUUGUCAUAGGUCAAUGGUGAAGUAAUCGGGUUUUUAACAUCUGUGUUGAGAAGAAAAUAAGUAUUCAAAAAAAAGUACAGUAUUUAUUUACCUUCUAAUUAUCUUGCUAAGGUUCAUAAUUUCAAAAAUAUGUCUUAAACAUUCACAUCAUCUUGUAUUUAGUAAGUAAAUACAUAUACACAGAAGACACUAAUUGUUACACAUUAAAGCAUGUUUUCCACUAGGGAAUAUGUUCACGCGAAUUGAAAGCAUCGGUUCUCCUUCGCAAAAAGUAGAAACAGUUCGAACUGAUUUUGCUGCAGCAGAAAAAUAACCGAUAGAAAUGUGAAUGCGAAUAGAUUCGCCUAGUGGAAAAGAAGCUUAAGGCGACUUUGCCUAACUCAAAUAAUUUCUAAGUCUCUUAUUUUACAUGCCAAAUUGUUUCAUUUUCCAGUAAGUAAUGAUCUCUAAGUCAAAUUUUAUGAAAGUUGGACAAUUUUUCAAUGCUAUUUUGGAUUCAACUUGGGCAAGUUCAACUGUAAUGUCUUUUGGUGUAUUGUUAUUUAUAUAUCAAUAUUUAAUUAAUUACCAGCAAAUCAUUUUGAUUGAGUGCACAUUUAUGUUUGCAUUGAAAUUACUUGCACCUCUCCUUGCUGAACAGCUUAUUUUUUCUAUUCUUGUCUGCGGCGGUUGCUUUGUUUGUCAUUCGUUUAAGCUGGAAUAUUUAUAUGAUGUACUGUAUUAUAUUGGUUUUAGCUGCUAGCAAUAGACUGUUGUAUUUAGCUAGACCCUUGCACUGCCAUGAAUAUACUUGACAAUACACAUGUCCUGUUAUUUUUACCAGAAAAGAAACUUUUUGAGUUGAUAGAUUUAUUGAUAGAGAAAAUACAGUUUUGGUGAGUUGUCACCAAGUUGAAUAAAGUCGAAGCGAUAUAUUUGCUUCAGAAAUUGUUAUUGUUUGAUUUUUUUCAAAUCUUUUUAAUAUGGUCUAAAUCCUUCCAGAGCCACUAGGGUUAAUAAGACUGGAGCUUAUUCCCAGUUUAUAAAACUAGAGAUACAUAAAAUUGGAAAAUCGCUUUCCUACAGUAUAUUUGCCAAGUUGAAUAAAGUCAAAGCGAUAUUUGCUUCACAGAAA